CAUGGCAAUCCUUCUUCAAACCAGCUGCUGGGAUACAAAACAACAGCAUCUUUUCUGUGACAAAGUAAAAGUGUUUUAUAAAUGGCUAAAUUUCAAACAAAAAUCAUAAAAAAGCCAUAAAACUAAUUAAGAAUUCCAUUUAGUUUGUGUGUAAUACAUAGUUGUGGUGUAAUGCGUAACUCCGCCCAAAAAAAGACUGCCAGCGAGAAGCAGGCUUCUGAAUGUGAAAGCGGCGACAGCAAUCGCCUAAAUACCAGUGGCUCCAGCACUAAUUCAAACAAAUCAAGAAAAAGAAAACGCUGCGAAAUACUAAAGUUCAGUGAUUUUGAGUCAGAAUUUGAAGACUGCGAUCUGGAAGAUGCAGUCGCCUUGGAGAACAGGUUGCGCAAAGUGGCACGCAAGAAUUCUUUGUCUCAUGAGGAGAUGAUGAAGCUAUUGCAGAAAUUUGUGAAAAACGAACAUAUUUUGGCUUUGAUCACUUUAAAAGCUGAACAUGAGUUGGCACUUGAAAAGUCUGAAGCUGAACAGAGAGCUAUUAUCAUAACGGAUACUCCAUCUAUACCGAAAUUAACACGGUCCAAGGCCAAAGAAUUGAAUAAACAGCCUGUUAUAUCUUUACCAAAGCUUUUAGGGGCAGAGCAAACCGAAAUUGCCACACUCAUAACUGAUGAAUUGAAUUCCGACGAAGAAGAUGAAGAGUAUACAUUCAAGGAAGAGGACUUUGUGUCCGACGAUGAUCCCAAUACAACUGCCUCUGAUUUGGACUCCAAUCCAAGAACACCUCAGACACCUGUUGUGCAAACAGAAGUAGAUGACUCGCCAAUUAAACUAACCGAUGAUGGAUGUUUUAAGGUUCCUCUCAUUAGAAAAAAGGAGUCGUUGGAUGAGCUUCGCAUUGCAACUCGUACGCGGUCUAAAUUUUGUCUACAACAGACUACAAUAGAAGACAUUGAGUCGGAAUUUGUGCCGCCAGAUGUGGAAAUAUUUGAUACCCUUGAACCAGACAAUCAAGGAGGCGAUGAAGAAUGGAAUCAAUUUUUAACCGAUUUUCUAAAGCCAUUAAAUUCUAGUAUAGUUGGAGAUGACGAUGAUCCCAUCAAUGAUCCAGAAUAUGUUGCUGCAGAGAAAGAGAAAGUUGACGCUGAGGAACUUAGAGAUGUGAACAUUUCCAAAAAGGAAAUUGCCGAAUUGAUGACUGAACUGUUAAGUAACUUAAACGAAGGCAUUUCAUUCGAAAGCAUUGAACUGGAAACACCUCGCAAAUUUUUGUUAAGCUGUCAAGAUGAAGACCUUAAUACUCCCAAUACCUCUUUCGAUAAACCCCAUGAUAAUCCUGAUGUCAGCCGCCAAUUAACUUUCGAGCAAGAAACCCAUCAUGAAUCCUUAAAUCAACCAUGCAGUGCUAUAAUAUCAUCUGCAAAUGUAACCCAGCAAAACUUUUCUUUUCAUCCUGAUGUCAUGUCUACACCAUCAUCAUCUCAAAACAAUCAGCAGAAUGAGGCAAAUGUGGAGAAUGCGGAACCCAUGACAAUCAUUCCAGUGGCAACACCCACUUCAAAUGACACAUUUACAUCCUGUGGUACAGUCGCCAUACCCGCUUCCAACAUUAACAAUCAAGUGGAACUCAUUGCUGUACCCAUACCAGGUCAACCAAAUUGUUUUCAACUGGCAAAGGUAGUUGCUUCGGGAGAUGAUGCACUUGAAACAUCACCCAUAAAACCAGUUGACAAACCCACAGCCCCCAAUAAUCCUAAGGCCAAGGUGUUUGCUACUCGCUACACAGUUCCUUAUGAGACCAACUAUUGUGGUGAAUAUAUCUCUGUGAAGCGUCACAUCAUUGCCGAAUAUAAGGAAAAGUUUGAGAGCCUAAAACACGCACAGGUGAAUCAAGUUUCCAGCACUACUACAGAUUCCGAAUUGUCAAAAUCCCACGAAAUCUGCCAAGGAUUCACAAAGUAUCAAUAUGACUUGCUGCAGCAACAACUGAGAAUCCAUGUACAGACAUUGACACAGACAUAUAUUCAAACAUAUUGCCAUCCGGAGCUGUGGCGUUUAGCUAAGAAACCCAAGGAAAUGUUAAUGGAGCUGCAAGAGAAGUCCAAAAGUAAUCAUAACUUUAAAAUCUGGAAUUUAGAAAAGGCCAUAGCUCUCAUAAAUAAAUGGCAACAGGAAUUGGAUGAGGACACCGAGGAAAACAAAGAGCUCAUGAAGUAUCUGAAUAGAGAAGUAGAGUUAACCAAUCACAACACGCGGCAAAUACCUCGUUUUCAUCCACGCAUAUUGGAUUGUUUUUUAGAAUCCAAUGUGUUUAUGUAUCCCGAAUACUUACCCCGUAUGCCAUUCUCCUCAAAAGUUGCCAGCUAUGAAGCAUUCUCACCCGUAGAAUCCUAUUUAAUAGCCAUGGGUCUGGAGAAGCAUGUGCGUAUAAUAACCGAGAAAAAAGAAAGGAUUCCCAGUAAAACAACACCGCUAAGAAUGGCCUGCAGACGAUUAACCAAAGAUACUCUAAGUGGCAAACAGCACCGACGUGUAUGGGCCCAUUUGAUGCAUUUAAAGACAGUUGACUAUUACAAUCCCAUAAAGUAUUAUUUUCAACACAACAGAGCUCCUCCCGUAGAACGCACAACAAUAAUAGGAUUUCCAGAUAAUUGUGUUUUACCACCAAAAGAACGAUUCCAUGAACUGCCUCUGGUAUUUCAGACAUAUUUGCAGAAGAAAAAUGCUCCACCACAGCCUAAAAAGACAAAUAAUCGAAUUGUUACAAAUCCGCGUAUAAAAGCAUCGGAUGCAUUUAGAGAUUCAUAUUUGGAAUUUGUUCGUGAAGCCGUGGGAGAGGAUCUAACAUUUCCGGCGGAAAAUUGCUUUACCGAAAUAACAGAACAAGACGACACUUCAUCAACGGUAUUAUCCACAAAUAGUAGUGAACCACUAAUAAGUGCAAGGAAACGCAAAGCUUCCAGAGGGAAACUACCAAAGCCAAAGAGAAGGCCACCACGUUCGGUUACAAUUAAUGUAAACUACGUUUUUGGAGGAUCGGCUAACAAUAUAUUAAACGUUUCCUCGUCGCCGGUCUCUGCAAAUACGAGUUACAAUCAUAGUGCGACAUUAUUAACCAAUGAAACAGAAAACGCAGAUUCAACUCUUAAUGAGACUGCCAACACUUCUGUUGGUAUUUUGAGCCCUAGUAUAAAUAAUAGUAAUAACAACCAAACACCAGUUGUGACUUACAACUUUGAUUUAACAACAAAAACACUGCAGUGCGUUCCCCUAACGCCUGUGACCUCUUUAAAUCAAAAUACACAUUUACCUACAUCUGCGAAUACAGUCAACGUUGUUGACAGUGUGGAAAACUCUCCCCAACUUGCAACAAGAGCUGAAAACGUUGUAUCCUCCUCUCCUGAAGCCACCUUUACAUUUCCAGUGGAGAGGGUGCCGACCACUCAAAUUGUUGCUACAAACUCGGCUGAAACUAUACAACGAAACGAUGGAUUAGUUGAAAGUGUGACAUGCUCUACUCAAGCAAUCCCAAUAUCAGCUGUCGAAAGUGCAGAAUCCACUCCUCAACUUGAUGCCAACUACGCAGUUGAAAUUUUACAAGAACCUGAACAAACUAUAUGUUGUGCUUCCACUCCGCAAGAGGAUUCCAUCUGGCCCACAGCAACUGUCAACGAAAUAACGUAUUCCCAGUCGCAAAGAGCAAACACGAAUAAUAAUAGUCACGGUAAUAGUAAUACCAGAAGAAAGAUACAUCGUGUCGCAAAGAUAAAUACACCCAUAUUGCUCAAUAUAACGAAGCUAAACAAAAAUAUUUCUAAAAAGGCAUUGGCAUAUCGAGAAAAACGAAAAGUUAAACAACGGUGCGAAGAUUUAAUUAUUGCAUAUGGACUCUACUUGGAAACUUUGCAAGUCCAUUAUAAGCAUUCGCCAUUGGUUCAACACUUCUAUCGAAGAUUUAAAGCUUUGGAACUGUACACCAACCUGUUGAAAUCGUUAAAGAUGAUGUGUAAUAAAAAUAACGCGUCUUCCUCAUCGCCAAAUACAAAUAGCUCCAGCCCUGGUGGAUUGAAGCGUUCUCGCAAUGCUCAUGGUGAUGACGAAAGCAGCCCCUCCUCACAACGCAUGGCCAGAAAGAUAAACAGACAGGAGGAAAAUUUCAGGCACAUGUUGUUGCCGGAUAAUCCAGACGAAACUAACCGCAAAGAUGCCAUUUAUGCUUUCAAUUUUUAUGAAAAAGUGGAAGAAGCAUUUAGAUCAUCCAACAGGCCAGAUGACUGCAAAAAGUUCAAUUCGAUUCUGAAAACUUUCGAUCCUAAAAAGGACAAAGUAUCAGAUUUGUAUCAUAAAUUAGAAGCACUUUUUCUUCCUGACCACCCAGAGCUUGCUCAGGUAUUUCUAACAUUUUUAUUGCCAUCUGAAGCUGCGGAAAUUGGCAAAUUUUUCGAACACUUCAUGAUAACCAACAUGACAACAUUUAUUAAUAAACUGAACAUCUAUUUUAACAAACAACCCGCCCAAAUAAGAAAGAUUUACAACUGCCUCAACGAGCUGGCAGAAGAUCCUGAUGUGACCAUGAAAAAAAUCGAAGCAAGAAUUGUGCCCCUGCUAAAGGGCAAUCAGUUCUUGAUAGAUUGGUUCAUGCAACAAUUCCCCAAGAGUACUCCACCUGAGAGGCUAUUUUCGACACCAGAGCAUGUAUUGAAUCUGAAAGAACAACAAUCGAAUCGUACUAGCGAGCACGUAGAAACCAUAACCGAUGUCAUAGACUCACCAACUCAUAAGGUCCCCUCACAACCAACGUGCCAGUUAAGAUAUAUAAAUGGGCGAAUUUUCUAUGGUUCAAAGAUGUUAUUACCCGCAAAAUUAUCUUUCAUGGCCGCUUCCUUUAAAGACAAUCGCAGCAAUUCUCAAAUUUCCCUACCACCCAAACAACAAACAACGUCGGGUUGUGUUCAUGCCAUAAGGGAGCAUGGAGAAAAAUGUCUGCAGUCUACCACAGACAUGACAUCAUUUACCACCACACAUACAGAGACGAGCGAUGACCAAGACAAGUCUGAGGAAGAAGAUGUUUCAAAAGUUUUGGUAAUAGACACCACGGCUGAAGAAGACGAUAGUUGCUCCUCAAUUGAAUUAUGUGACGAAAAUACAUUAAAGGCUCAUGCCUUGAGACUGAAUCCCUCAUACUAUGGAUCUACAUGCUACUCAGCCAAUGCCACAAGUACCCCAAAUUUAAAUAGCAGUUUUCAGGGUCACCACCCCAAUGCAAAAAAGGUUUCACUGAAUUUCAAUGACGAAUCAGGCGGCGGGGCCGCAACCGGUGCUGGAAAAACCUCUCCGCGCAAAAACUCAAACCAAAAUCAGCACUCCACCAAUUCCGCAUCCAACUCAAAUUGCCAGCUGCUACAAAACGUUCGAGAGAAACGCAAAUCGCCGAGUAAGAAAACAAAAUCCCCGCUGAACAACACCACAGGAAGGUCCGUGCGCUCGUACAACCAACCCAUGGUGGUAAUACAUGAAAACAGCACAGCCAUACAAUGCGCUAAACGCCUCAAGUCACUUGUGGAGUCUUCUUCAGAUGAACAUAUGCCAGAAGAACCACCUGAUUCCAAAGAACACGUUCAUAUUGUGGCAAAAACAAAGCAAAACUCAAAGACCUCCACUACCACUUCUGCACAACAAGCUGAAUGUGUCAAACAGGAGAACUCAGACGAUCUGGAAUUUUUGCCUGAAAGUGCUUCCAUUACACGAAGCCCAUUUCCUGCCCUAAAAAUGGAUACUGACUCUGAGGACGCUGCCACUACAUCUAAGACUCCGUCUAGAGUUGAUAGCGAUGAGGACUGUAAAAUAGAUAUAGUGGCAAAUCUGGUGACAAAUCCAGUGAAAUCGAGUGACUCCACUGCUGCCCGCUUGCCUCUGAAUUCUGCAUGGACCAGAGAGGAGGAUAAGGCGAUAUUAAUCGAAAUGAAAAUCGGUUCUUCAAAUAGAGAGGAACUUUAUAUACGCAUAGCUGAGAAGCUGCCACAAAGAACAAUAUGCGAAAUAAAAGCAAGGCAUCAAUUCUUAAUGGAUUUUCUGUCAAAGUUGCAGGGAAAGUAAAAGGUAAACUACUGAUAUCGGAUUCAGAAAGCCGAAUUUUGUAAAUAUUAAAUAAGUUUUUGAAAAACGUU